ACAAGUGAGAUCUACUCUGUUUGAUCUUGUAUGCCCCAAUAGUCUAAACCCUGACAUUCACGCAUUUAUUCCACUUUUUAAUAGUUUAUUUGGGAGCUUAGAAAAUCAUGGCUUAUGCAUCUCAUAUCAUCAAUCACUCUAGAAAGUUAAGAUGUGUUCCCAAAUUAAUGCGGCACGAUCACGCCGUUUUGGUUCGUUGGUUUUCCAAUGGAGCACAGUCAUCUAUUUGCAAAAGAGAUGGUGUUGUAAAGAUCUGCCAUCUUGGUGCACCUGCAGAAAGAGAGACUGUAUCUAAGUUUGUUGCCCGUGUCCCUGUAUCAUCUGGUUUAUCUGAGAACAACCUUUCUAGGACAACAAUGAGAUUGGGAAUUCCAAUGGGUGGUGUGGUAUACAGCAGAGAACUUUUAUGUUCGCAGGUGCUUUCAAGGAGAGGAUUUGCAUCUGAUGCAGGCCUGCUCCUCACCAAGAGAUUGGAAUGCCUUCACUCACCCACGAUGACAGAGGGAAAUAUUGCAAGGUGGUUGAAGAAAGAGGGUGAUAAGGUGACUCCUGGUGAAGUGUUGUGCGAAGUUGAAACUGAUAAAGCACUGUUGAGAUGGAAUGCAUGGAAGAAGGUUAUCUUGCUAGAUUAUAUAAUUGCCAUUACUAUUGAAGAGGAAGGGAUAUUAGGAAGGGAUAUUGUGAAGUUCAGGACUUCAGUCCUGCAGACUCAGCUGCUCCUCCGCCACCACCAAAGAAGGAGCCCUGUUGAACAUCAGUUCCUUCACCAGAGUAGAUUUCCACUGUUUGAUACUGUUCGUCACAUCAGAAGGAAGUUUCAGCACCAACUCCUAAGGCAAAGGAUGCAAAACUUGCAUCUUUGGAUUAUGUGGACAUCCCUCAUUCAGAUAAGAAAGGUCACAGCAUCACGCUUACUAUUCUCAAAGCAGACUAUCCCGCAUUACUAUUUAACGGUGGAUACAUGUGUUGACAAACUUAUGGACUUGCGGAGCCAGCUGAACUCAUUACAAGAAGCUUCUGGUGGAAAGCGUAUAUCUGUGAAUGAUCUUGUAAUUAAGGCUGCUGCAUUGGCUCUUCGAAAGGUUCCUCAGUGCAAUAGUUCAUGGACAGAUGAUUAUAUUCGCCAGUAUAACAAUGUGAAUAUUAAUGUAGCUGUGCAGACAGACAAUGGACUUUAUGUUCCUGUUAUCAGGGAUGCUGAUAAGAAAGGUUUGUCCUCAAUUGCUGCGGAGGUCAAGAAGUUGGCGCAAAAAGCCAAAGAGAACAGCUUAAAACCAGAAGAUUAUGAGGGAGGCACAUUUACAGUGUCUAACUUGGGAGGCCCCUUUGGUAUUAAGCAAUUCUGUGCCAUUAUUAAUCCUCCUCAGUCAGGAAUUCUAGCUGUUGGCUCUGCCGAGAAGAGGGUUAUCCCUGGCUCAGGUCCCGACCAAUUCAAUUUUGCUUCAUACAUGUCUGUAACUCUUAGCUGUGAUCAUCGAGUUAUUGAUGGUGCAAUUGGUGCUGAAUGGCUGAAAUCUUUCAAAGGCUACAUUGAGAAUCCAGAGUCGAUGUUGCUUUAAGUCGAUGGCGCCUUGUUUUAGACAUAUUUUCUUGCUGUUAUCAAUUUGCAUGAUGCAAUGCAAUAACGUUGCAUUUAUUCCCGAGCAAUUUUCUUCGGGAGUGUUUCUUUCGUUAUAAACCACAUUAAUUUUUUUGGGGAAUAAGGUGGUCAAGAAUCGAGGAAAACUGCGAGCUCUUUUGCUGAGUGUAAUAACUCCUACCGUGAGUACUAGGAAUUAUAUUUGGGGUA